AUGUUUCUUAUCGAUCUACCCAAUGAAAUAUUACGCGCGAUAUGCGAGGACCAGAGGCUUUCCCAAAAAGACCUCUACUCCAUCACACGAACUUGCAGCAAGCUAUUCCACAUUUCUGUUCCGUACCUCUAUCGCAUCAAUUACUUGAGCCAAGAUGGCUCGGCAGUCGCAUGGGCCAUAAAAGAAAAAAGAAUGGAGAUGAUCCAGCGAGCGCUCGAUUCGGGACUGGACGUGGUGCGGCCUCAUCACCUCCGUCUUGCCAUAGAACAUGGUCCAGGCGGCCUUUUUACCAAGCUAUGGGAGCACAAAGCGCAACACGGAGAUAUCCCAGACCCGAACACGUAUAAACGCGAUGAGAGCCUUAUUUGUAUUGCCACUUGCUACGGGAGGCACGACGCUGUCAAGACCUUGUUAGAGACUGGCAAAAUUUCCACCAAUGAUCGUAAUGACGCGUUAUGCCAUGCAGUGUAUAAUGGAACUCCUUUUGUACUUCCCCGAGUGCAUGGCGCCAGUGCCGUGACACAAAAUUAUCGCCCCAUUGGUUCUUUGCGCACUGCGGCUGAGUUCUGCUUUGAGCGCUCUGUAAUCCGCCCUGCUGGGAAAAACCUUGACGAUUACCUGGAGACAGCAAGGCUCCUCCUUCAUCACGGGUUGGAAAUCGAGCACAGGGACGAAGGGGGUCGGACUGCUCUGCAUGGUGCCGUCAUGAUUGGAGACUGUCAAAUGGUCGAGCUGCUUGCCUCAUACGGAGCCGACCCAACUGCCAGAGUACCAUAUUCAGGGUGGACGACCCUCCAUACAGCGAGCUUAUAUGGUUGUCAGCUCGAGAUGUUUGAGCUUCUUCUGCGUCUGGGCGCCGAUGCUUCUGCGGUAGAUGACGAACGUCGAAGUCCGCUCUUCUGGAUGGCGAGCCUCAAGGAACCAGCACCAGUAGUCAAGGCUCUCCUGGAGAGCGGCGCUAGCAUAAACGCCGACGAAGACAGACAUACUCCUCUUCACGAAGCAGCUGCCCGUGGUUCGGUCAAACUGGUCGAGGCCCUCGUCGAGCAUGGGGCUGAUGUGAACGCUACCGAUCGUCAGCGCGCAACUCCAUUUUAUUAUGCCGUCCGGCAUGCUGCUCCUAGCGAAGUUAUCAAGUUCUUAGUUGAUCACGGCGCGAGGACAACCAUGACAGGAAAACUAGGUCAGGGUGCAAUGUUGUCUGCGGCUCAGAAAGGCACUGCAGACACCAUGCGUGCAGUGCUUGAAAAUGUUGCAAAUCUCAAAGAGGUUAUGGGAUGGGUGGAUCUCAGGGAAUACAAGGAAUUCCCGCAGUCGUUGCUACAUGUGGCUGUUAUCCGCGAGUCCCAGGAAAUGAUUGAUGUAAUAAUACAAUUCGGGGGUCAUGAAGGGUACUUGGCAAAAGAUAGAGGAGGUCGUCUGCACCAGGGCGCAAUAACAGGAGACUUUGCCCUGAUGCAGUCGGUCCUAGAUGAAGGUGCAUCACUUGACGCAGACAGGAAUCGCUUUGGCCGCACAGCUCUCGUUGUUGCCAUCCACGUAGGGGCCACUUCUUCUAUUGACUGGCUACUCAAGAAAGGGGCCAAAGCGAACGCACGCGACAAAACGGACAACAAGUCUACGCCACUUCACCACGCGACCGAUCGAAAUGCGAUAGCAGCGGUGGAGUUGCUUCUCAAACACGGAGCCAGAGUAGGACUAAAGAACGGCGGUGGAGAGACGGCACUCCACAUCGCCUCGUGGUCUGGUGCACCCGAGAUAGCCAAGAUGCUCCUUGAGUCUGGCGCCAGCAUCUGGGACCAGGAUGAUGAAGGUGCGACACCCGUAGAGUAUGCCGCAAUAUACCAUCGUAAAACUGUGCUCCCGUUGCUCAGUGAGAAGGUUGGAAAGUCUCGCAUUUCGAGACGCAGAUUUCGGGAAGUGACUUCCCGCUACGGUAUCUAG